AUGUCGGAACCGAUAGUUGAAACUGAACAGGGAAAGUUAAGAGGUCAGUUGACGAGAAAUGAUGACAAUGGUUUUACAUACUAUGCCUUCAAGGGUGUUCCUUAUGCAAAACCCCCUAUUGGUGAACUCCGAUUUUCUGUGCCGCAGCCACCAAACUCAUGGGAAGGAAUUCGCGAUGCGACCAAAACCUGCAACAUCUGUGCACAAUUUUCCAAAGAAAUGAAAACCGUUGUAGGAGAUGAAGAUUGCCUGUAUUUAAACGUCUAUACGCCAAAAUUGUCAUCGUCUGAGUCCGAAUUACUACCAGUCAUGAUAUUCUUUCAUGGAGGCGGCUUUAUCUUUGGGAGCGGCACAGACGAUAAAGAACAUGGGCCUGAGUUUCUUAUUGACAAAAACGUUGUCAUUUCAGGAUCUCCUUUACUACACUGGGCUAUUAACACUGAUGUAAAGAAACUGGCCUCAAAAAUACCUUCUAUACAAAAUAAAGAUAUUUCAGACGACGAGCAAUUGUUGAAAUAUCUAAAAGAUAUGCCAACAGUUGAAUUAAUCAGUGCAUCUAUGGCUGUGAUAGUUGAAGAUGAAUUUCGAGGUGGUAUUCAUUUUGGUUUUGUACCAACUAUAGAAAAGUUAGGUGAUUGGGAACCAUUCUUAACGGAGUCCCCCUAUCAACUACUCGCACAAGGAAAAUUUAUAAAAGUUCCAUACAUGACGGGAUUCUGUACACGAGAAGGCCUCCUCAUGGUCAAUUUUUUCGCAGCCACUCUUGAAAAAUUCAUAGAAUCCAACUCUUUCGUUGAUUUCUUUCCGUUUGAUUUAAAUGAGGAGGAAAAACAAGACAUGGAAAUCAUUUUGAAAAAGAUGUACCUCGAAGGCGAGAAGACACACCAUGACGCAGAUAACUUUGCCAUAGAUUUCUUUACUGACGUAGAUUUUCUUGGGGGCGUGUAUGUGUCAGCCAAAUUAAUUGCGAAGUACAAUAGACCUGUGUACUUCUAUGAGUUUUCAUACGAUGGUAAAUUGAACUAUUUAAAAGUAAAGGGAAACAUCCAGCGCGAAGGAGCUUGCCAUGGUGAUGAUGGAGGCUAUAUUAUAAAGAAUUAUGAAUUGCCUGGAUCUAUAACUGACACAGAUGCAGUGGUUCGGGAUAGAAUGACAACUUUGUGGACCAAUUUUGCAAAAUGCGGAAAUCCAACACCAGAACUUGAUCAUUUGAUUCCUAUGAAAUGGGAAACCAUGGCGGAAAAUGAAGUGGCAUGCCUUGUCAUAGACAAAACUAUGAAAAUGAAGUAUGAAGUGUGUCCGCAGAGAUUAAAAUUAUUCGAAGAGCUUUACGCCAAGAAAGGUGGUAGUGAAUCAAAUUAA